AUGAGCGAGUCAACAACUGAGGCAACUGAGAUCAAAACAUGGACCAAAGAGGACGUCCACCACUGGCUGUUGACUGAGGUCAAAGUUCAUCAGACUUGUGCAGACACAUUCAUUGAGGAGGAAGUGUCUGGAGAGGUUCUAGAUGACUUUGAGAAGGCAGACAUAUUAGAUUUAAUAAAAAAACACGGUCCUGCUGUCAAAAUCUCAUUUUAUCUAGAAAGACUUAAGGAAGGAUCACAACAUGAGUCACAGUUCUCAGCUGAUGUGGAAAACUGGACAAAGGAGCAGGUGACCCAGUGGUUACUGCAGCGUGUGAAGGUCGACGGCAAAAAGGCGGAGCGAUUUCAAGAGGAAGAUGUGUCCGGAGAUUGUCUUGUUUGCUUCAGGAAGCAGGAUUUUCUGGAUCUGGAGCUGAAAAAGGGUCCUGCUGUCAAGAUCCUCAAAGAGCUUGGUCGACUGAAAAAUAAAGAGUUGCAUCCCGUCAGGCGCAGCUUCAGAUGGUCCUUUAGGACCAAAAACAAGCAGGAAAACAAGAAGACGAAUAUGGCGCAGGAAAAACCCCCAGAAAAGGACGAGCUCCCAACAUCACGGGAGACAAAGAGGAAAGAAAAUCCUGCUCCGUUGAUCAAGAAUAUCCUGGAUAAACUUUCGAUCAACGAUGUCAAGUCUUUCCUUUUCGAACUGAAGCAUUACACUGACUCGGAGUAUAAACCUAUUCCUCUGAGCAAACUGGAAGGGAAGGACGCCAUCGACAUCGCUAUGUUAGUGACCGACUACUACGGAUGUGACAAGGCUUUAUGCGUCACACGAGAUGUUCUCCAAAAUAUGAAUCAGCGUGAACUUGUUUCUCAACUGCAAAGCCACAUGGGUCAAAUGAAGCUCCAUCAGAAAUAUUGUGUUGAUGAGGACACAGUGAAGUCAGACUCAUCGUUCUGUUCCAGAAGUAAACACCAGGAGAGGGAAGAAAAAAAUGUUUCUUGUUUCAUGGAUGUCAAAAUAACACUGCCAUCAUGCAUGGCAGCUAGACAAGAGCCUCACAAUCCUUCCUACUGAUCGAACUUCAUUGAUUUCAAACUCAUUUGAUUUUCAUGUAAAAAUGUGUGCAUUGUACUACAAUAUAUAACAAUGAUACAUAUGGAAAAAUAGAUGUAAUGGGAUCUAUGAUUUAGGGUUUACAAUGCAGGAAUAGUAUAAGAUAGCUUUAAAUACAUUGUAAAUACAUUUAGUCUUGUAAAUACA